AACAGCGGCCGCUUUCCACCACCAGCAGCAACAAUUUCAACAACAGCAACAAUUCCAUUCUCAAUCGCAGUCUCAGCACCCCUCGUCGACAGGCAGUGUGCUGCAGUUACAGCAGAACCAGACUAGUAACGCUCCCUGUAGUCAUUCCUCUCAAACAUCCUCGUCUUCACAGCAGCCUGGUCAACAGAUGAUGUCUAGCAGCGGCAUGUCGAUAGCUCUUUUUAACGACAUCUUCAAUUCUAGGGUAGUUUCUAAGGAGCGGCCUAAUCAACUCCUAAAAAGUUGUACGGAGUCUUCUGACCCCUGA